AUGGACUGCUCCACCACCACCGCCGCCACCACUACUAUUAACUUUACGACCUUAUCCUCCGCCGACGGCCGCCGUCUCCGGCGAAUGAUAUCGAACCGUGAGUCGGCCCGCCGGUCUCGCAUGCGGAAGCAGAGGCACCUAGAAGACCUCCGGAGCCGGGUCGGCCGUCUCCGGCUAGAGAACAUUGCAGUGGCUGAAAGGAUCGCAUCCAUCUCCGGCCGCUGCGUCCUCGUCCGCCGAGAGAACGAGCAGUUAAAAUCGGAAUCCGCCGCUCUAUGCCGCCGCCUCUCAGAGAUCCGCCAGUUACUUUUCCUCCGGCAGCUCGAUUGCCUCUCUUCCCCGCCGGCGUUCCCCUCUGCCGCCUCUAGCCGGUUCGGCUUAUCUAAUGAACAGAUACUUGCUUCUUUAAGAGCUUAAGCCAAGUUAAUCUUCCAUUUUUCUAACUGUUCGUGCUCAUUCGUUUGCCCAAAAUGUUUUGGGAAAAAAAAAAGUAAACUUUUUUUAUUCUUUAAUAAGAUAGAGCUACAUAAAAGGAUUUAUGUAGUUUUAUGGUGGAUUU